AUGACGCGCACCACAUACGGCGAGUGCGGCGGGACGUCUGUGGCCCCUGCUGCGCACUGUCCCAGAGCCACUGCCCCAGAGCCACUGCCCCAGAGCCACUGUCCCAGAGCCACUGCCCCAGAGCCACUGCCCCAGAGCCACAGCCCCAGAGCCACUGUCCCAGAGCCACUGUCCCAGAGCCACAGCCCCAGAGCCACUGCCCCAGAGCCACUGUCCCAGAGCCACUGCCCCAGAGCCACUGCCCCAGAGCCACAGCCCCAGAGCCACUGUCCCAGAGCCACUGUCCCAGAGCCACAGCCCCAGAGCCACUGCCCCAGAGCCACUGUCCCAGAGCCACUGUCCCAGAGCCACAGCCCCAGAGCCACUGUCCCAGAGCCACUGCCCCAGAGCCACUGUCCCAGAGCCACUGUCCCAGAGCCACUGCCCCAGAGCCACUGUCCCAGAGCCACUGCCCCAGAGCCACAGCCCCAGAGCCACUGUCCCAGAGCCACUGCCCCAGAGCCACUGCCCCAGAGCCACUGUCCCAGAGCCACUGCCCCAGAGCCACUGUCCCAGAGCCACUGUCCCAGAGCCACUGUCCCAGAGCCACUGCCCCAGAGCCACUGUCCCAGAGCCACUGUCCCAGAGCCACUGUCCCAGAGCCACUGUCCCAGAGCCACUGUCCCAGAGCCACUGUCCCAGAGCCACUGCCCCAGAGCCACUGUCCCAGAGCCACUGUCCCAGAGCCACUGUCCCAGAGCCACUGCCCCAGAGCCACUGUCCCAGAGCCACUGCCCCAGAGCCACUGUCCCAGAGCCACUGUCCCAGAGCCACUGUCCCAGAGCCACAGCCCCAGAGCCACUGUCCCAGAGCCACUGCCCCAGAGCCACUGUCCCAGAGCCACUGCCCCAGAGCCACUGUCCCAGAGCCACUGUCCCAGAGCCACUGUCCCAGAGCCACAGCCCCAGAGCCACUGUCCCAGAGCCACUGCCCCAGAGCCACUGUCCCAGAGCCACUGUCCCAGAGCCACUGCCCCAGAGCCACUGCCCCAGAGCCACAGCCCCAGAGCCACAGCCCCAGAGCCACAGCCCCAGAGCCACAGCCCCAGAGCCACAGCCCCAGAGCCACUGCCCCAGAGCCACUGCCCCAGAGCCACUGCCCCAGAGCCACAGCCCCAGAGCCACAGCCCCAGAGCCACUGCCCCAGAGCCACUAA